AUGAUAUGUUUUUUUAUAGUAUAUUUAGUUAAAUUUGGCCUGUCUGCUUCUAUUACUUUUAAUAUUAGCAAUACCCCUGCUCUUGGGUACAAAAUCUCCGAUGGAAAAGCAGGUCUUGGGAGUACAAUUGAUAACACUCCGUGUAUUGCCAAAGACUACGCUGGACCUCUUAACAUUCCUGAUAAACUUGAUUCUGAUGGUGUUUCAUACGAAAUCAUCGAAAUUGGUAAAUAUGCCUUUUCGGAUGUAAAACUUACGAGCAUUGUCAUUCCAAAAUCUGUCACAAAGAUUUGUCAGUAUGCAUUUUCCGAAACUACGACAUUGCAAGCGAUUAAUUUACCAAAAGUCGUCGAAAUUGAAUCAUUUGCUUUCUAUAAAACAAAAGCUGACAUAACAGUUACAGAAAGUUUGAAAAAAAUUGGUGAAUCAGCCUUUGCAUUGGCAGAUUUCAGAAAUAAUUUCGAUUUGAGCAAAUCAUCAGUUGAAACUAUCGAAAAAGAAACAUUCAAGCAAGCAGAUUGCGAAAAUGAGUUCACAUUACCACAAUCCCUUACAACAAUUAAAGAAAAUGCUUUUAUUUUCUUCACCGUUGACAAAAUCAAUUUUCCACCAAAACUCACUACAAUUGGAGAUCAUGCAUUUGCUAAUUCAAAAGUCACAGAAAUCUCCUUUGAAAAUUCAGCCCUUACAGAGCUUCCAGCGAACUGUUUCUUUAGUUGUCUCAAAUUAACCACUGUAAAAUUCGGAAAUCAACUUACAAAGCUUGGUGAUGAGUGUUUCCACAACGCAGGUCUUGUCAAAGUCGAACUCCCUUCGUCAUUAAAAACAAUCGGAAAUUUAUGUUUUUCGUUGUGCAAAAAGCUUAUUGCUGCCAACCUUCAGAACACUCAGGUCACAGAGAUUCCUGACGGAUGCUUCCAGCGGUCCCUCAUUACAACGAUUUUUCUCCCUCCAAAACUUGAAAAGAUCGGCGUCGGCGCAUUUGCAAACUCAGCCUUAGUCGGAAUACAUCCUCCGCCAACUCUGUACUAUAUCGGUGAUUCUUGCUUUAUUUAUUCGAAGAUUUCCCACAUUUCUCUGAAUAAUACAGCGAUGAAGUACCUAAACGACAGAGUUUUCUACGGAUGCAGCAACAUAUCCGAUAUAGAUCUUGGAACAAAGAUCGAGAAGAUUGGAAAUGAAGUUUUUGCUCUUUCCUCCCUCAAAACAAUAAAAAUACCAAACAUAAAAUCUAUCGGAGAGGGAUGUUUCUUCGGAUCCCAGAUCCAGCAGAUCGAUUUGUCCCAUCUAUCCAUCACUUCUCUCCCUGACAAAAUAUUUCUGAACUGCUCUCAAUUAGAAACCGCUCUUCUGCCAACUUCGAUCAAAUCUAUCGGAGAAUCGGCCUUUGAGAGCUCCGGACUGGCCAGCUUCGACAUCACCGCGCAGUACAUCGGAAAGAGGGCAUUCCACUCCUGCGGAAACCUCCAAUCCAUCACUUUGACUAAUACUGUUGAAAUUUUGGAAGAAUCUUUCAGCUUAACCUCACUAACAGAUGUUGUUUUGCCAGAAACACUCACCAAAGUUGGUGCGAGAUCGUUCGAGAUGAUUUUAACCCUUCAAAGCUUCGAUUACGGAAAAUCAAAAAUUAAUUUCAUAGAGCACAACAUGUUUAUGGACGAUUUCAAACUCGAGAACGUAACAUUCCCACAAGGAGAGUUCAAGAUCGGCUACGAAGCCUUCAAACACACCGCGUUGGUCAAUCUGACACUCGAUGACCGCUGUACAUACAUUUACGAGAGGGCCUUCAUGAACUGCGGCUCCCUCCUGAACGUGAACCUUUCGAUUUCGAAGGUGCCGUACCUGUCAAACCAGACUUUUUACGAUUGCGAGAAUAUCUACGACAUCGCGAUCUCUGAUUUCACCAUCGACAUCGAGGACUCUGCCAUUCCGCCUCAGGCAGUGAAUGUCUACUACUGUGGAACGAGCUGCUUCAAGGGUGACUUGAAUCUGACUCAGAAAGUCAUUGUCCCGAAGGAAUACGCAUGCAGCAAGUUCGGCCACUGCGACGUGACAAAGAUUGACAACUUCCCGUUCCCAGUGGAUUUCCACAAAACAAAAACAGGAAGAAACUAUGGAGUGACGGUUGUGACGGUUAUUUUUGUAAUUGCAUUGUUUGGUAUUAUUGGAUUUGUUCUGUACAAGAAGUUCUUGAGGAAAAAAGCUCCUCAGGACGAGGGAUACCUUAUCUCUCAAUCAGAGCAGGAAAAAGAAUCUAAUUUAUUUACAUAA